UCCCCUUCUUUACUAUGGCUUUUUGAAGCCUGGGACUGCUUUGGCUUUGUUAGACUCGAAUGCCUCUUAGUUCUACUUUUGGGUCGAGAUGGCAGCCCUAUGCUGCUUCCUGCGGCCGACACGCUGCUGGUGAGCUUCAGGCUGGUACACACUGGGCUGGUGACGAUGAGGGAGGGCUGUCUGUUUGUGCAGUACCAGCCGGGGCUGAGCAAGGGUAGCGGAACCUUGAUUCUGUGGUGCUCAUUGCUCCGGGAGGUGGGAGAACACUUUGUGGUCUUCCUGUGUUUCCUGUGGUGAACAGACGACUGCUUCUGAGCGUGGUGCUUUUUCUCCUCUUUGCUCUGCAGAAGGACAUUGUAGCUGCUCGUUCCUGUUGUGAAGAUGUCCUUGAGGAUCCCUGAAGUUCUCAUGAAGAUGCUGCCCUAAAAAGCAAAGAGACAGAGGUCCUGUUUGCACAGACAUAUGAUGGGAAAUCUGCAGCCUGGUUUUUCCUCCACUGGGAAGAGAGAGAUAGAAGCAUUGGAUUAUUGUCGUUCACGAAAGCAUGCACAUCUUGUGCAAGAAACUCCUUGAAAGAACCCGUGCCAGGCGAGAGAACCUGCAGAAGAAAAUGGCUGAGCGGCCCAAGAUGGGAACAAGACCCACAAUGCAGACCAAGAGGGUCAGAGAGCCUUUGUUAGAAACUGGGAACCAGGUGCCUCUUCCUGCAGAAGAAGUGAAACCUGGUACAAAGCCAUCACCAUCAAAGAGGCUCUGCCCCGACAAUAUGGAGACUCAGGCUUCCAGUUCAGAGAAUAUACAGCCAGUUCCUUCAAGUUCCACAAGCCAGCGUUCUCCUGAGAUGGCUUCAGAGUUGCACAUAACUGCUUCUAACAGAGCUUCAUUGCUUCAGCCGCUUGAGAAAGGAAAACCAAACACCGAAUCAGAAACUCCUGCAGUUCCUGCAGCUCUUUCAGUCAAAACACGUAUGCAGAGGUUGGCAGAACAGCGACGCUGCUGGGAUAGCGAGGAUCCCUCUGAAUAUGUUCCUGUGUCUCCCCUCCAGUCAAAGGAUCUGCCUGUUUCUCCACCUAAGCAGGCAUCUAAUGUCCUGGCAAGUGAUACCCCUAUUGGGAGAAGAGGCCGUUUAGCUAACCUUGCUGCUACAAUUGGUUCCUGGGAAGAUGACCUAAGUCAUCCAUCUGCAAAGCAAAACAAUGCACAAGAACAGCCUGGCACUACUUGUUUAUCCAAAUUGUCCACUACAAGUGGAGCAUCUGCUAGAAUCAAUAGUAGCAGUGUAAAGCAGGAAGCUGCAUCCUGUUCUCAAAGGCUUGUUGAGGCUUCUAUUAAUAAACCAGCAAACUCAAAGAUAGCGGACCCAAACAAUUUAACACAAUUCUCAAGAGUCCCUGUUCCCUGUUCUAAAGAAUCUGCAGUAGAACAGCCGCUAACAGAGAAUCCCUGCAGCCCUCAGAAAAGUGAAAAGCAUACACAGAUAGCAAAAUCAACUUUGCCUCAACCAGUUCAGUCCAAAGAAGAGCCAGUCAAAGGAACACAUGUGCAACCUGAACCCAAGGGUAAACCCACAACACCAGGGGGAUCAGGAAUUAAACCCUUCCUGGAACGCUUUGGGGAGCGUUGUCAAGAGCGCAGCACACAGAGUCCUGCUACGAAUACUCCAGGGUGCAGAACACCCAUUGUUACCCCAAAUACUAGGACAAUCCAGGAAAGGCUUCUUAAACAAAAUGAAAACUCCUCUACUGCCAGUUUAGCGCUGCAGCUUAAGCAGGAACGUGAACGAGAACUUGCAUGUCUUCGUGGCCGGUUUGACAGGGGCAAUCUGUGGAGUGCCAAGGGAAGCGGAAGUCCGAAGAGAAAACUUCCAGAAGCUAAAAUGGAAAGUCAAUCUCCGGCUAGUCCAAAACGUUCUCCUUGUUCCGAUGCCACCGCUCUUGCAUCAGCAGAAGACACACCAGCAAGUGAUAGGCCAGCAAAGUCUCCCAGUGUGGAGUCUUCAGAUGGUCCUAAAUGUGAAGAGACUCAGAAACCCAGUCCUCUGAAGAUGGAUGAGCCAAAAAGCCCUGUAAAAGCCAUGUCUGUCUCAAAACUUGAGCAGUGUGCUGAGAAACUGAAAGAUGAAGCAUAUGAAAUUGAAAUGAAUGUGGAUGAUGAGUUGAAUAGCUCGAAAGUGAUAAAUGAGAUUUUUGAAGUUCUUGAAGAAGAUGGUCCAGACAUAGAAAAGCUGAAGAAAGAAAUGAGUAUGAGCCUAGAAGGUGAAAGUGAUGAGGAUGAGCAGGAAGAGUCACUUAACAUUUCGUCAAUGUCUCUGUUAACCCCUUUAGUGGAAUCUGUUGGUCCAGAGGCCUUUGUUUCUCCUUCGAAGUCAACUGGUGAAGGCAGCAGCAUCAGUGAUGUAAGUCUGAAGUCUGACAAAUUCCAAAGGACUAAAGUCCCCAGGGCAGAAUCUGGAGACAGCAUUGGCUCUGUAUCAGAGGAUCGCAACCUUCCCUAUAGCAUUGAUGCCUACAGAUCUCAGAGAUUUAAAGAAAAAGAUCGUCCUUCAAUAAAGCAAAUCAUUGUUCGCAAAGAAGAUGUUGCUUCCAAGCUAGAAAUGAAACAUAAUGGCCCAUCCGAUCAAGUCAAUAUCAAAAAGAAAAUGCAGGAGCUCAAUAAUGAGAUCAACAUGCAGCAGACAGUGAUUUAUCAAGCCAGUCAAGCUCUGAACUGCUGUUUUGAUGAGGAGCAUGGAAAAGGGUCCCAAGAAGAAGCAGAAGCAGAAAGACUUCUUCUCUUAGCAACUGAGAAGAGAACUGCUUUAUUGGAAGAACUGAAUAGACUGAAGAGUGAGGGACCUCAUAGGAAAAGAGAUAAAGCUGCUUCUGUAUCCACCAAAUAUGCUCCAUCCAGGGGAUCUGUUUCCAUUUCAGAAAUGCGUCUACCUCUGAAAGCAGACUUUGUGUGUGGUACAGUUCAAAAGCCAGAAGCAGCAAAUUACUACUAUGUAAUCAUACUGAGAUCUGGAGCAGAAAACAUGGUUGCAACCCCCUUAGCGAGUACUGCCAGCUCCCUGAAUGGAGAUGCCCUUACUUUUACUACGACAUUUGCUAUGCACGAUGUGUCAAAUGACUUUGAAAUAAGCAUAGAAGUUUACAGUUUGGUACAGAGAAAAGAAGUUCUGAGCACUGAUAAAAGGAAAAAGGCAAAUAAAUCUAAGGUGAUUACUCCAAAGAGAUUAUUAACAUCUAUUACCUCUAAAAGCACUCUUCUUACUCCAGCCAUGGCUAGUCCAGGUGGCCCUAAUGCUAUACGCAGUACUAAUUUCACCCUUGUUGGAUCCCACAAGCUCUCACUGUCUUCUGUAGGAAAUGCCAAAUUUGCAUUGGACAAGGUAAAUUUUGAAGGGGUGGAAAAAGAGCUGUUGAGCUGCAUGUUCCAGGACCAGGUUCCCUUCUUGUCUCCUUUGGAAGGUCAUAUAUAUCUGAAGUUAAAAUGCCAAGUGGACUCCUCUGUGGAAGAGAAAGGGUUUUUGACUAUGUUUGAAGAUGUCAGUGGCUUUGGAGCAUGGCAUAGGCGCUGGUGUGUGCUGUCUGGGAACUGUGUAUCCUACUGGACAUACCCGGAUGAUGAAAAACGAAAGCAUCCUUUGGGCCGGAUAAACUUGGCUAACUGCACAAAUCAUCAGAUUGAACCUGCCAACAGGGAGUUCUGUGCCCGUCCCAACACUUUUGAACUAAUAACUGUCCGACCUCAGAGGGAAGAUGACAGAGAGACUCUUGUCAGCCAGUGCAGAGACACCCUUUGUGUCACCAAGAACUGGCUGUCUGCUGAUACUAAAGAAGAGCAUAAUAUUUGGAUGCAGAAGCUCAACCAAGUCCUUGUUGACCUUCGCAUGUGGCAGCCUGAUGCCUGCUAUAAACCAAUUGGAAAGCUUUAAAGUCUGGAAGAGAAAGGCAAAGAAAAUACGUAUACAAAACCGACAUGAACUGCACAGAAAAGGAAUGGAACUUAAAUGGAAAUGUGGAAAGUCUUCUGGGUCACUUGUGCUUUAAAUGUCAGAGAGUAUUUAACAUUAUACAGGAGUAUAUUAUGCAGUAUUUGUAUUUCACUGAAGAAUUCUAAAGCUUUUUUUACUUCCUAGCUUUUGAGUAUGAUGGAAGUGAUUUGCUGUUUGCUAAAUGUGCUGGAUAACUCCUUUUUUUGGUCUUUUUUAGCCAAGUACUUUCUUUUCUUUAAACAACUACUGCAGGAAAUCACACUCCAGGGGAGGAAGGGGGGCAAGCUAGUGAAAAACCAAGCUUCCUAGAUAACUAUGCUCCCUGAAAGAAACAAUAGCUCAGAGUUUCCUAACAAGGAUGAUGCUGAAGAGCAUUUACUAUUGGAGGGGUUUUCAGGUUGCUUUUGUAAUGAUCAGGCAUAGAAGUUACAUUCUCCAACAUGCAUGAUGGGUAUUUCUUGCUUGCACAGUGUCCUUGCAGCCAGAACAAAACACACACACAAUAUAUUUGUACUACUUUUGCCAUUUCUCAUACCAACUGGUAUGGAUAGGUGCAUGGCUUGUAUGCUAUGUGGUUUACAGGUGUGGAAUUAUGUAUGCAUUAUAUUGCACUUCAAUAAAGACAAAAGGUCUUGA